GCUGGCUCUUAGAUCGGACGGUGAUGACCCGAUGCAAUGAUAUCUUACGCUUGCUUGUAUGGGCCCCUGCGGUGAUGACCUGGCAGGGAUCUCACUGAAGGAUUUACAGACUUCUUCUCUCUGCUAUUCCUCUCUUCAUCUUCUUCUCGUCCCUCUCUGAUUCCCUGCAAUUUCAAUGGCGACAAUUAACAAAACCCUCAAGCACAAAACUAAACCCGGAUCCGCCAUUAAACUCGUUAUGAUCUCUAUUACUACAGUAGCGUUGUUCUUCCUUUUCUCUUCUGUAAUAUCCACCGGUGAGCUCGCUUUAGCUUCUCAAAAUGCCCUAGCAUCUCUCGUGAGACCCCAGAAGCCCAUGAGAGAGCACUCUCUCUCUGAAAAAUACUUGUACUGGGGGGACAGAAUUGAUUGCCCGGGAAAGCAUUGCGAUUCGUGUGAGGGUCUUGGUCACCAAGAAUCUAGCCUCAGGUGCGCCCUUGAAGAGGCUAUGUUCCUUAACAGAACAUUUGUGAUGCCUUCCAGGAUGUGCAUCAAUCCAGUGCACAAUAAGAAAGGGAUCCUUCAUCAGUCUAACAAUAGUAGUUCAGAAGAAAGGUGGGCAGCAAGCUCUUGUGCUAUGGAUUCUCUGUAUGAUAUUGACUUUAUAUCUGAAACAAUACCUGUAAUUUUAGACAAUUCAGAAAUGUGGCAUGUUGUGCUGUCUACUAGCAUGAAGUUGGGAAAGAGAGGGAUUGCCCAUGUGGAAGGAAUUAGCCGGGUUGAACUGAAAGAGAAUGACCGUUUCUCCAAUCUAUUGCUUAUUAAUCGAACUGCAAGCCCUCUAUCAUGGUUUAUGGAGUGCAAAGAUCGUAACAACCGCAGUGCCAUAAUGUUGCCAUAUUCAUUUCUUCCUUCAAUGGCAGCAGAAAAAUUAAGAAAUGCUGCAGAAAAGGUCAAGGCAUUACUUGGUGAUUAUGAUGCAAUUCAUGUUCGUCGAGGAGAUAAAAUAAAAACUAGGAAAGACAGAUUUGGGGUUCAAAGGAGUUUACAUCCUCAUCUUGAUAGGGAUACACGUCCAGAGUUUAUCAUCCACAGAAUUGCAAAGUGGGUUCCCCCUGGACGAACACUUUUUAUCGCUUCAAAUGAGCGGACACCGGGAUUUUUCUCACCUCUUUCCAUCAGGUACAAAUUGGCAUAUUCAUCAAACUAUAGUCAGGUCUUGGAUCCAUUGAUUGAGAACAAUUAUCAGUUAUUCAUGAUUGAAAGGCUCAUCUUAAUGGGGGCAAAAACAUUCAUAAGAACAUUUAAAGAAGGUGACACAGAUCUCGGCCUGACCGACGACCCAAAAAAGAAUACAAAGAUUUGGCAAAUACCUGUUUAUACCAUGGAUGGAGAAGGAAGCUGAAUCAUUAUUAUCAUUAUUACUUUUUAACCUUCACACCCUAAAAUUAGCACCAACUUUACAAUUCAGCCCAUCACUUCUCCGGUGGUCACAGUUCUUCUGGCUUAGCUCAUGUAACAAAGUACAUUGCAGAAUCUUGUCGCAGAUGAUGAGGGAAGUUUAUAACCGAACGAGAACUAAAUAAACGGCUGGAUUGUGGUAAGGAGGAGUAUCUUUUCUUCACAUAAGUCGUUAUUUUUUCUGUAAAGAAGGUGAUCCCAUUCCAGUUCAGUGUUGUUAGAUACACUAUUGUUGUAGACAACCAAGACCACUACUACUUUCUCUGGUGGUGUUGAAUUGAAUUGAAGGUCUGGCAGAAGAACAAUUGUAGAGAGUUCAGAUGAAUCAUAAAUUUUUUUUGAUCUUUUGUAAGCAUGACAUCUUUUGCAAGAUGGAAAGCUUGUCUUAGCAUUAUGUACAACUCAUGGAUUACAUUAUACAUUUAAUUAUAGAACAUGAUCUUGACCAUAACAUAUUGAUAUAAA